UUUAAGGGAAAGAAGAAAGCAAGAAAUGGGUAUGGAGAAUAUGAAGAAGAAGAACAAGCUGAAUGUUCAUGUUCUGAUGGUUUUUAUUACAGUAUGUUUGACUGAUCUGGGAAUUGAAGGAAGAGAAGUGGGUGUUUUGGAGAAACUUGAAAAAGGUUUUGGUUUCUCCAAAUCUUUCAACUCCAUUUAUGAUACUUCAAAAUAUGGGGGUUUUCAACUCAACAAUGGCUUGGCUCUAACUCCUCAAAUGGGAUGGAAUAGCUGGAAUUUCUUUGCUUGUAAUAUCACUGAAGAUCUUAUUAGGGAAACAGCCGAUGCACUUGUCUCUACAGGCUUGGCUGAUUUAGGCUAUGUAUAUGUUAAUAUAGAUGAUUGCUGGUCUGCUGCUAUUCGAAAUUCAAAGGGUCAGCUGGUCCCUGAUCCAAAAACAUUUCCAUCCGGAAUCAAAGCUCUUGCUGAUUAUGUACAUGGGAAAGGCCUCAAGCUUGGUAUCUAUGGUGAUGCUGGGGUAUUUACAUGUCAAGUUCGACCCGGAUCACUUUUCCAUGAAACCGAUGAUGCACAGCUGUUUGCUAGAUGGGGUGUAGAUUAUUUGAAGUAUGACAACUGUUUCAACCUGGGUAUUGACCCUAAAAAAAGAUAUCCUCCGAUGUGCGAUGCUCUAAAUGCAACAGGCCGAACAGUUUUCUAUUCUCUUUGUGAAUGGGGGGUUGAAGAUCCAGCCUUAUGGGCUCGUGGUGUUGGAAAUAGCUGGCGUACAACAGAUGACAUUAAUGAUACAUGGGCAAGCAUGACCACAUUGGCUGAUAUAAACAACAAGUGGGCUUCCUAUGCUGGACCUGGUGGAUGGAAUGAUCCUGAUAUGCUGGAAGUCGGCAAUGGAGGCAUGACGUAUCAGGAAUACCGUGCUCAUUUUAGCAUUUGGGCUUUGAUGAAGGCGCCUCUUUUAAUUGGAUGUGAUGUAAGAAACAUGACUGAUGAAACCUUCAAGAUUCUUAGCAAUAAGGAGGUUAUAUCUAUAAACCAAGACUCACUCGGGGUUCAAGGAAGGAAAGUUCAGGUUGCUGGUGAAGCUAACUGCCAACAGGUCUGGGCAGGACCUCUGUCUGGCAAUCGCUUAGCCGUAGCUUUGUGGAAUAGAUGUUCAAAAGCUGCAACUAUAACAGCUCAGUGGGAGGCACUUGGUCUUGAAUCUAGCACCUCUGUUGCAGUAAGAGAUUUGUGGCAGCACAAAGUUGUCGAGGAGAAAGCUGUGGUAGCAUUCAGUGCCAAAGUCGAUUCACACGACUGUCGUAUGUACAUUUUCACUCCGAAGGCAGGGGCUCAUUCGGAAAUUUAGGAUGGCUAAUACUGGUGGGCUGUAUGGGUUUGGCAUUGUUUAUUACAGUGAAAUUAGAUGCCACUCGAGUUUCUGCUGCUUAAAUUGUUGUAAAUGGAGUCAUUAGUACCUAAUAAGUAUGCAUGAAAAAUACGUUAUUUGGUUGUGAUUUGCGAUGUGGUUAAUGCUUUUCUUUUUGGCAAUAAAAUUUGGAAAUAUUGUGGAUGG